AUGUAUGUUGUUGGGGAUGUGAUUUCAUCGACUGUUGAUAUUGGGAGUGAGACAUAUAAGAUUGGAUAUUGUGGUAGUAAGUUGCCUAGUGUGUAUGGAUCUUCAAUGCUAUGGAGGGAUGAGAUUGUGCAGCCUGUGAAGCGAUCAGUGAUUGGGGAUGUUGCUUCGUACCUUGGGAUAUUGAGUGGAGGGAUUCCGAGGGAUACUGAGUCGUUAGUGGUUUGUGAGAACAGUAUGGAAGAAGAGGGGGUGAAAAGGAAGGUUCUAGGGUAUUUGAUGGAGAAGAGAUUGUGCAGCUCUGUUUUAUUUGUGAAGAGCGGGAUUCUGGAUGUUUUUUCGUAUGGACGAAGCAGUGGAGUGGUGGUGAGUUUUGGUGGAGGAAGCACACAGGUAUGCAGUGUUGUUGAAGGACUCAUUACUUGUAGAAGGCAGAUUGAUGUUGGAGGGAUUGAUUUUACAGUUGAAGUGAGGAGAGCGAUUGAGAGCGCAGGAGUCGAUUUUGAGAAAGAGAGUGGAAAGGUAUGGGGAGCGAUGCCUGUGGAAAGAAGGGAGUUUGAGAAGAACGAGAUAUGUAGAUAUGUGAAGGAAGCGGUAUGUGAAUAUGGAGAGAAAGAGAUGAUGGAAUGGAGAUAUGAGUUAAGAGAUAGAAAAGUGGUUGAUUUUGAUGCAAUAAGGAGAGAGAUAUGCGAGAAGAUAACGCAAGUGUGUAGGAUAGUGAUUGAGGUGAUUGAGAUGAAUGCAGGAGGAGUAAAGUCGAUGCUUGCCGGGAAUAUAAUGGUGAGUGGAGGAUUAGGGAUGAUGAAAGGGAUUGAGGCAAUGAUGAAUUGUGAAUUUGAAAAGGAAAAGCCGAAGUGGAAGAUUCGGGUGACUGUGGAUAGGAAUAGGUUUAGUACGUUUUGUGGAGGAUCUAUAGUUGGGUCGAUGGGAAGUGCAAAGAGCCUUUAUAUUGGGAUUAGGGAUUAUGACGAAUAUGGAGAAGGAAUUGUUGAUAGGAAGAGAAGUGAAUGGAUAGUGGAAGCAGGAGAAUAG